GGAAUUAGGUAUGCGUGUCACUCUCAGUGGAUCUUAACCAGCUCGCUGCAGAGCAAAACAAGCGCACCCUCAUAGGUUUCCUUCAUAGGGGGGACGGGAGGAGGCCGACAAGUUUGUGUGAAGUUGGGAAAAGUUGUCAACUAGAAAAAGAAGAGAAACUCCUCCCGUCUUGAACAUUAUGAGCAUCUUCUUCCGCAGAUCAGCAGCAGGGUGAAAUGGCCGCGGUGGAGAGCGGCGGAGGCUUCGGUCAAAAGCGAAACUCACAAGACUCUCAGCAGCCAUCUCCACUGGCCAUGCUGGCGGCCACUUGCAGCCGCAUUGACACGCCAGGCGAGAACGACUCCCCCGGAGAGCAGCAGCAACAGCAACUGGACAUGAGUCAAGGUGUCUUUACCUCCAAUGCCAAUGGCUGGCAGGUUGUCCCCAUCAGUUUGUCGGCAUCAUCGUGUGGCAACACGGUCACCACCGACUCUGUGAGCGUACAGACCGGCGGUGAGCCUGGGAAGAGCAGGGGUUUGUUGUCACCAUCAUCAUCAGUGGCCGUGAGCGCUCAGCAGCAGCAGUUUGUGGUCGCUCAGGCGCCAACGCUGCAGAGCCAACCGGUGCUCACUGCCAUCCCCAGCGUGAUGCCCAACAUCCAGUACCAGGUCAUUCCUCAGUUCCAGACGGUCGACGGCCAGCCUCUGCAGUUUGCACAUAGCCAGCAAGAUUCCACUGUGACCGCCGCCACAGCUUCAGGACAGCAGUUCCAGAUUGUGUCUUCUGCCAACGGCCAGCAGAUCAUUGCCGCUGCCAACAGAGGGACUGGGGCAGGGAACAUCAUCGCCAUGCCUGGUCUCAUUCAGGGCCCCAUUCCGCUGCAGAAUAUCACCCUGGGCAAUGGCGUGUUGCAAAACCAGACCCAGUUCCUAGCAAAUAUGCCCAUGUCGCUCAAUGGGAACAUUACCUUGUUGCCCAUCAGCACCGGAGCGAGCGCUCCAGCAGCGGACGGAGAUGCAAGCGCAAGUCAGCUCGUACAGCAGCAGCCCACGUCCUCCAGCGGCAGCGCGGGUUACAUGACCAGUGUGUCCACCGUCACCACACCGACCUCCUCCACAUACGGAAUGACGCAGAGCAGUAAUGGAGCAGUUGUGGCGACAUACCAACAGAGCACGUCUUCUCUGGGUGUCCCCAUACAGCCAGACAACAGGGAGCAGCACCAGCAGCAGCAACAGCAGCCAAUCCUCAUCCAGCCCCAGCAGGUCCUUCAAGGGGCAACGCCGCUCCAAACCAUCCAAGCCGGUACCAUCACAACGGCAGGCGGUCAGGUGUUUGCCGCCCCAACUCUUAGCCAGGAGGGCCUCCAGAACCUCCAAAUUAUGCCAAACACUAGCCCCAUCCUGUUACGCACGGUCGGGCCCAACGGCCAGAUCAGCUGGCAGACCCUGCAGAUCCAGACUCCAGCAGGGGCGCAGAUUACGUUGGCCCCAGUAGGCCAGACUCAGGGAGCCCCCACCGCCGGAGGAGUAUCGGUCAACACUGUGCAGAUCCCCGGUCUCCAGACCAUCAAUCUCAACACGCUCGGAGGCUCAGGUCUUCAAAUGCACCAGCUCCAGAGCGUUCCCAUCACCCUCACUAGCACAGCAGCAGGAGACCAAACGUUGCAGACAGGCCCAGAGAGUUUGGAUGACAGCACAGCACUCGACGACGAGGACAUCAGCCCGCCCUCCCAGGGACGUCGCAACCGCAGAGAGGCCUGCACCUGUCCUUUUUGCAAGGAUGGUGAAGGACGUGACCCAACCAAAAAGAAGCAGCAUAUUUGCCACAUGUCAGGAUGUGGCAAGAUCUAUGGCAAGACGUCACACCUUCGAGCCCACCUGCGCUGGCACACUGGCGAGCGGCCUUUCGUCUGCGGCUGGGCCUUCUGCGGCAAGCGAUUCACACGCUCCGACGAGCUCCAGCGCCACAAGAGGACGCACACAGGUGAGAAAAGGUUUGGCUGUCCAGACUGUCCCAAGCGCUUCAUGCGGAGCGACCACCUCUCCAAACACAUCAAAACCCACUUCAACAAGAAGGGGGCGCUCCCCAGCAACAGUGGGGCCGCUGUGUCCGACACCCCUCCCGCUGCCCAAUCCCCGGAGGGCGAGGCCUUGUCGGCCGGCGAACAGCACUCCAUCGUCACCAUGGAGACGCUAUCCCCAGAGAGCUUAGCUCGGCUCGCCAGCAGCGGGAUCAACAUGGUGCAGGUGGACCUGAAUCAUAUCAACGGCAACUAUUAAGAAGAGCGCGUCGCAUUCAGGGACCGCAGACAUUGAUCAAACAGGAUUAUGCAUUUCGAGUUGAAAGUUUGAUUACCUACUUGUUUACAGAAAUCAACACGCCCCCACGACUACAAUCGUCUUCGUAACGGGACUGCAAUAAAAUGAAAGAAAUUGCAUGACAUCAUCCCUUUGCAAUAAUAACACCCUCAACAAUGCUAAUACUACACAGGCCAUUACCAUGAAAAGCACAAGUUUUAGUUUUUUUCUUAACAUCACAUAGCUCCAUAAUGCCAAAAUAUACUGAAGUUAUGUGUAUAACCAUAACCCACUUUUCCUAUGACUGGAUAGCCCUGCUCUCAAAGUAAAACAGAUGAGUAAGUCAA